AUGAAGUUCUUCCUCGCCCAGGUCUUGGCGGCAGUGGCGCUAUUGACUAGCGGCACUGUUGCGGACGCGGAGCCAACUGAUCCGAACGGUGGCGAUGGCGGUAACCUGCAAUCACUCUCCCUGAAGCCUGGCGAGUACUUCAAGUGCAUGGAGGUGCACUGGGGCUCGCAUGUGCGCAAAACGCGAAUCUCGCAGUAUGAACAGGACGCUCGCCGGUGA